AUGAAGGAUUCUGUUCCACUCUGUCCGUCCGGAAUCAUGUCGCUUCUGAUACUACUGUUCCUACUCGUCUUGCCCGUAUCUGCCGUCGACGACGUUUGGCGGGCUCUUGGCUUGGCAAGCAACGAGGAAAUGGCCGACAUGAUCACAACCCACCAAAUGUACGAACAUGACCAACGACGACGGCAACAAGUUUCGUCAAACUCUGCAGUACAGCUGGGAGACAAGUGCGGAGGAUUCCUUCGAGACGACACUUGUGGUGGCAGCAGUGACCUCGAAUGCACACAACUCGGUCCUCUUUGGAACCAACGAUGUCUUCCCAUGACCUGUUUCCAACAAGGCAUGCAAGCCUUUUAUGCCGAAUUUGGAGACAUGAGCGACUAUAAGACAACCAUCUUAGAACAAGCAGGGCUGACUCUCGAUGAUCUACGAGACGAGCUGAGUGCUUUGGGGAACGACCGACGAGCUUUUCUCCAAACUUCUGUCUUUCAAUCUUUGCAACGAGCCAUCAGUAACAAUCCAGCUCCCGCAAAUGCCAUUUUUGACAUGUACGACAAUUGCGCAGGAACGACGGCCAAUGGAACGACUCCAUUGAACACUGGGGAACGAGUCAACUAUCUCGGGCUGCAUCUAGAAAUUGGCGUAUUGGCAGAUACUGCUUUUGAUGCGUUUUGGCAAGAAAACGAUGACAGCAAUGGCUUUGUCCGCUAUUGCAUUGGAGGGGGUUUGGGAGGUGGUGUUGAAUUCAGCUUUCUGUACCUCAUGGCCCUCAAUACGAACGAUGCGCAAGCCAUUGGCCAGAAUUGUCACUUUGUUUUCGACGUUGAUUUUGGUGUGGCGCUGCAGAUGGGCAUGGAAUACGGCAACGUUAUGGGCGGUGGGCCAGUUAUCUUAGGUUUUACCAUUGGUCUUGGUAUCGGAGCCAGCGGUGCUGUCGGCGUUUGCGGGAUUUCCAAAAACUAA